UUGGACGCAUUGUCUUCGAAUUAUUUGCUGACGUUGUACCUAAAACUGCUGAAAAUUUCCGUGCAUUAUGUACAGGAGAGAAAGGAACGGGGCCUACCACUGGAAAACCUCUCCAUUAUAAAGGAUGUCCUUUCCACAGAAUUAUUAAGCAAUUUAUGGUCCAGGGUGGAGAUUUCUCAAACCAAAAUGGCACAGGCGGAGAAAGUAUAUAUGGUGAAAAAUUUGAAGAUGAAAACUUUCAUUAUAAG